UCCUAAUCUGCACCAGCGGCACCCCGGGCCGCACACCGGCGUUUGAACACCCACAAUCACUGAACGCUUCCUUUAUGAUAUCCGCUGAGGGACCCUGGCCGGUCGCCGGCCAUGCGAGUACAUAAGUUGCUGUCUCUUCCCAUGUCGCCUCCAUACCCAACUACUUGCCAAUCCAUCUACCAUGUCUACCUUAACAAUACGCACCAUCAUGGCUCGACCCAUGCUCAGCACCUCCCGCAUCAUGUGUGCUCGCUCGUUCACUUCGACCCGAACCCUUUCGCAGGCCACUCAGCUCAGACACAACAGUCUCUCACUCCAGCCCAGAGCCAGAGAAGCGGACGAGCGACGACACGAGACUACUGUCGGAUCCGAAGGCAAAGGCGUCGAAGGCCCACACCCCAAAGAUCAAACAUCUGUCAAUGCGUUGAGUGAUGCGACCGGUCCUUGGACUUUGUUCAACCCCAUCUACACGGACAAGGAACUCAACACCGUCCAAGUCAUCGAACGCACACCCGUCACCGCUGGCGAUAAGGUUGCCAAAGGCAUCGUCAAGUCCCUACGCCGAGUAUUUGAUGUCAUCACUCGCUACACCCCUUACGAAGUCCCAGAAUCCGUUCUGAAACAGAACCCCAUCCCCAUUGCGCAGCUACGCGCGGACGGCAAGCUGCUUUCCGACCAUAAGUGGCUCUUCCGUAUCAUUCUUCUCGAGUCUGUCGCUGGUGUCCCAGGGAUGGUUGGGGGCACGUUGAGGCACUUGAGGAGUAUGCGACUUCUGAAGAGGGACGGUGGCUGGAUCCACACUCUAUUGGAAGAAGCAGAGAACGAGAGGAUGCACCUUCUCACGUUCAUGACUAUAGCCCAGCCCAAUUGGUUCACCCGAGCCCUUGUCCUUGCCGCCCAGGGCGUAUUCUACAACGCAUUCUUCCUCACCUACCUCUUCUCCCCCAAAGUCGCCCACCGUUUUGUUGCCGCCUUGGAAGAAGAAGCUGUCCGCACCUACACCCACUGCGUCAAAGAUAUGGAGUCUGGCCUCAUUCCCGAGUGGCAAGACAAGCCUGCUCCUCGUAUCGCCAUCGAUUACUGGAGGCUACCAAGUGAUGCCAAGCUGAUUGAUGUCAUCAAGGCCGUCAGAGCGGAUGAGGCUACGCAUAGGUUUGUCAACCAUUCGUUGGCGAAUCUCGACCAGAAGAGGGAUUUCAACCCGUUCGCUUUGGCUGAGGCGAGCCCAGAGGACCGUGGCCUCAAAUGGGGGUGCGUCAAUGUGAAGUGAUGGAUGUCAACUGCUAACGUUCUUCAAGCUAUACUCGAGAAGAGUCGGCGCUCUUUGCUCAGCGACAGCAACAGAAGCUGAUUGAAGAGUCUACACAACAGACCCACUGAUUGAGAGAGUAUAAUAGUUCAGUAGCUUCCGUGGCUGUUUCCUCGUCUAUGUAUGUACAGUAUAAAUUUGUCAGUAUCCAUAGUUGUGGUAUACAAGAUGUAUCACACAGGUCGACCAUCAGCCAUCUGAUUGCGAGACGACAGCAAUGUCAUGCCUUAUUC